AUGCCUCUAGAAUGGCGCAUAUACGAAGGCAACGACCUGCAAUUCGAUAAGCACAGUUACUUAGUAAAACUGGAGUUCCAGAGGACGGAAACGCUAACAGUCACUAUGUGCAGUGGUUCCAUUAUAAGUAGCUCCUGGAUAAUAUCCUCAGCGCAUUGUUUUCACGGUAGCGUCCGCACGGUACUCGUCUCAUAUGGUACGAAGAGGGGCUUGAGACGAAUAGCAAGAGUCCACAAGAGGGACACAUGGUUGCACCCGAGUUUCACACCAAAGGGCGACGCCGUGUUAAAUAGGGAGAGGGACAUUGCUCUACUUCGUUUAAGGCCAGCAAUUGCAAGUGACGCUAACAUAAAGCCGCUAAAACUGGCGGCGAUAUACCCUCGCGCUGGCGAGCCGGCAACCAUCGCCGGGUAUGGGCGGACAGAAGUUUAUUCGACUCCUCCAAAACAGGGUGCUGUGGUGAUAACGCAGUGCCCCUUUCCAAAAGGCACCGCGAUAUGUACUGAAGGCGCGGUGAGAACGGCCCCUGGAGAUUCGGGUGGCCCACUGAUUUAUGACGACUCUUUGGUAGGCCUAACAUCCGCGGGAUGUACUGACGUGCAAACAAAUAGAAUGUGUCUUACGGUGUACACAAGUAUUGCUGCGAAUAUAAAUUGGAUAAGACAAGUUACAAAGAUUCCUGUAACUAUUAUAAUUUCUGCA